GAUGGGAAGGCCCGAGCGUGUGUUCGCCCAGUCCCUCCUUCACCCUACUACCCCUACCCAGAAGAGCCAGAGAUAUGCCUGGAGAAGAGAGAGGGGAGAAAAAAGAGGGGAGGGAUUGAUCGGCCAGGAGGCGGGGCGGAAUUGGAGAGGGGCGGGAUGGAGCUUGAUAGAGGGGGCGGGACUUACCUGAAAGAACCAUUCUGCUUGGAGCAGGAUAAGAGGAGCUGAUUGUGGGAAGAGGGGGUGUGUACAAGAGUGGGCGGGGCCAAAAAGGAGGCUGGGUCCCCUAAUGCUACAGUGAACUUGCUCUUCUGAGCCAGAUUUGGAUCUUUGUAUAAAUGGGGAGAUUGGAGUUCCAGAGGUCUUUGGUCUGUAAGCAUGUGUUCCCCCCAUGACUUCUGUUGGGUCUUUCCGCCCCUCGUGGGGGAGGAAAGGAACCGCAAGCCCCCGGGAGUUGAAGCCCUCGACGUUGCUAUGGCGCCGGACCUACUUGGCGGUUUGGCUGGAGGGAGGGGCUCCUACAGGCCCCGCCUCCGGUUCCGCCCCCGCCGCGAUGGGGCCCGCCCCGACUAAGCUCUUGUGGAUUCUGGUAUUGACUCCAAGCCUGAUCCUUGUCCGCCCCCUGGCUGUGGGUUGGAGGUCCGCCCGGGUCCCCAUCUAUGUCAGCAGCUGGGCAGUGCGGGUGACCCAGGGUAAUCGCGAAGCAGAGCGCCUGGCACGCAAAUUUGGCUUCGUCAACCUGGGGCAGGUCUUCCCUGAUGGGCAGUACUUCCACCUGCGGCACCGGGGCGUGGCCCAGCAGUCCCUGAGCCCGCACUGGGGCCACUGCCUUCGUCUGAAGAAAGAUCCAAAGGUGCGGUGGUUUGAGCAGCAGACGGUGCGGCGGCGGGUGAAGCGGUCCCUGGAGGUGCCCACGGACCCCUGGUUCCCCAGGCAGUGGUACAUGAACAACGAGAUGCCGCUGGACCUGAACAUCCUGCAGUCCUGGGCCCAGGGCCUAACAGGCCGGGGUGUCGUGAUCUCCAUCCUCGACGACGGCAUUGAGAAGGACCACCCAGACCUCUGGGCCAAUUACGACCCCCUGGCCAGCUAUGACUUCAAUGAUUACGACCCAGACCCCCAGCCACGCUACACGCCCAGCAAUAAGAACAGACACGGGACGCGCUGUGCUGGGGAGGUGGCUGCCAUGGCCAACAACGGCUUCUGUGGUGCAGGCGUUGCCUUCAAUGCCCGAAUUGGAGGUGUGCGCAUGCUGGACGGCACCAUCACCGACGUCAUCGAGGCCCAGUCGCUGAGCCUGCAGCCCCAGCACAUUCACAUCUACAGCGCCAGCUGGGGCCCCGAGGACGACGGCCGCACAGUGGACGGCCCAGGCAUCCUCACCCACGAGGCCUUCCUGCAUGGUGUGACCCACGGCCGCGGCGGGCUGGGCACACUCUUCGUCUGGGCCUCAGGCAACGGCGGCCUGCGUUACGACAACUGUAACUGCGACGGCUACACCAACAGCAUCCACACGAUUUCAGUGGGCAGCGCCACCCGGCAAGGCCGUGUGCCCUGGUACAGCGAGGCCUGUGCCUCCAUCCUCACCACCACCUUCAGCAGCGGCUUGGCUACCGACCCACAGAUUGUCACCACAGACCUGUACCACCAGUGCACAGACGAGCACACGGGCACCUCAGCCUCAGCGCCCCUGGCUGCAGGCAUGAUCGCCCUGGCCCUGGAAGCCAACCCGUUCCUGACCUGGAGGGACACACAGCACCUCGUGGUCCGUGCCUCGAAGCCAGCGCACUUGCAGGCUGAGGACUGGAGCACCAAUGGCGUGGGGCGCCAAGUGAGCCACCACUAUGGCUACGGGCUGCUGGAUGCUGCACUGCUGGUGGACCUGGCCCGCACCUGGCUGUCCACACAGCCCCAGAGGAAGUGCGCUGUGGAGGUCGUGCUGGCCCCGCUCCCCAUCCUGCUCCGGAUGCGCGUGGAGAAGAAUGUGUCGGCCUGCGGGGGCAGCCACCGCUACAUCCGCUCACUGGAGCACGUGCAGGUGCAGCUGUCACUGUCCUACAGCCGCCGCGGGGACCUGGAGAUCUCGCUCACUAGCCCCAUGGGCACCCGCUCCACACUGGUGGCCAUCAGACCCCUGGACAACAGCAGCCAGGGCUACCACAACUGGAUGUUCAUGUCUACCCACUUCUGGGAUGAGAACCCACAGGGCUUGUGGGCCCUGGGCCUGUGGAACAAGGGCUACUAUUUCAACACAGGGACACUGCACCGCUGCACACUGCUUCUCUAUGGGACAGCAGAAGACAUGAUGGCCCGGCCUCUAGUCCCCCAGCCCCACUGCCCAGUCCUGGCCAAGAUGCUGGACCUGCCUGCCAUGGCCUCGGGGAGCCCCUUCCAACGCCCGCUCCAUCUGCCACCACCCCAGGACCGACUGCACACUGGGACCUGGAGACUUGGAGUACCAAAAGCUGUCUUGGCCUGGGUCCAGGUUAGAGGGGAUACUGCUGUUCUGGUAUGUCCCCCACUGAGAUCUGCCCUGAAGGCCCAGCUACCUGCGGGAAACUUAGAGUCUGGACACUCAGCUCCAAAAGAGAACGUCUCUUUCACAUUUUGGGGUCAGUCGGGGGUGGGAUGGGCAGAGGCUGGAUCAUGAACUCCAUUCCUUCCCUACUCCAAACUCUGUCCAGUCUUGGGCACCAUGUUCAACCUCAGAAUUUGCAAAUAAAGG